AAUAAGAAAACAACCUCCUUGUUCUCUUCGAAUCAAUCGAUACGUUGUUGUUGCUGGAGCCCUAGAUUUCAAUCUAGGGUUUCUGCAUUCUAAUUUCAUCUUCAGAUUUCAGUUCAGGGGAGUUAAUUUCUCAAUAAUUUGAUCGAAAAUGGUGAGGGUUCUGAGAAGCUGCAUGCAAUCGAUAUUGAAGCUGGUUAACUCGGUGAUUGGAAUGGCUGGGCUAGCCAUGAUUCUAUACUCGGCUUGGAUGAUUAGGGUUUGGCAGAGGCAGAUGGGCGAGCUUCCAUUUGGUCAUGAUUCUGAUUACCCACCUCCAUGGUUCAUUUACACGUUUCUUGGCCUUGGAGUUACGUUCUGUGUAAUCACUUGUUCAGGCCAUGUUGCUGCUGAAACUGCUAAUGGCUGUUGCUUGUAUUUGUAUAUGGUUUUUGUGGUUUUGCUUAUCAUGCUGGAGGCUGCAGUUACUGUUGAUGUAUUUUUAAACCGGGAAUGGGAGGAGGACUUCCCUAAGGACCCCUCUGGGAAUUUUGAUCAGUUCAAGGAUUUCAUCAGGUCAAACUAUGAGAUGUGUAAAUGGGUAGGCCUAUCACUUGUUUCUGUACAGGGACUCUCUCUAUUGUUGGCAAUGAUACUCAAAGCUCUUGGGCCACAUCAAUAUUAUGACAGUAGUGAUGAUGAAUAUUCUCCUGACAGGGUACCACUUUUGAAGAAUGCACCUCCAUAUGUUGUUAUUGAUCCAGUAUAUGGCCAUGGCCCCAAAAAAUGACGCAUGCAUCAGGAUUAGCAACAAGGCAAAUAGAUAAGGCCAUCGCUAUCAGUUGAACCUUGACUUUUGGAGCCAUGGAAGGGGUGCCAAACAAUUCAAUCAAUGUCACUUGGCUUAGAUGAAGAUCUGUUUGCUGGAGAAGGAUUAACUAUUGAAUUAAUGACGACACGAGAAAGAAGCAAGCUUAUCGUGACUCAUGCAUCUGUUACACCAAACUCAUUCAGUUAUGUGCAAAUGUAUGUAUGCAUUAUAUGAUUCAUGUUUGUAAAUGUUAUAUAAAAUCCAAAACCUCUUGAUGACCCCCCUGCACCUUCUGCUGAAAGUAUCUUUGGAUCAAUAGAUAUGAAUAAAUAUUCGUGUGGCUAA